GACCAGGACCUGAGGGAAGCCAGCCGGGGAGGGGCCCUUUGUCAGGAAGGAAUAUUGUUACUAGCUCCACCGCCGGCUCUGGAAUAAACACGCUUUUUCUCCGCCAUAUUUCAGUGCAACAGCACACCCGUGUCGGCUCGGACCGGGACAUCCAGUUUCUAUCGGGAAAACAGAUCGGAGUGGAUGUUUUUUUGUAGCUCCUUGCACUGUUUUCUUUCUCCCCUUAGCCGCACUGAUUUGCACUGACCAGUCUUUCAAACCCGGUCCGGUGCCUCUCCCCUCCUCCUCCUCCCCUCUCCUUUCUUUAUCCCCGAAUCACUCCUUCUUUACCCUCGUUCUUUUUUGCCUUUUAUCCGAUCGCAACGCUGCAAAUUUGAAAAGAUGCCCAGCUCGCUCUUCGCCGACAGCAGCGUCCAGGGAGAUGCACUGGACGAACAGAGAGCCCUGCAGAUCGCCCUGGAUCAGCUCUCCCUGCUCGGCUUGGACAACGACGAGAACCCCUUGUACGACAACCAGGAGCCCCGGAAAAAGAGCGUCAACAUGACCGAAUGCGUCCCGGUUCCCAGCUCCGAGCAUGUGGCUGAGAUUGUGGGCAGACAGGGUUGCAAGAUCAAAGCGCUGCGAGCAAAGACCAACACCUACAUCAAGACCCCGGUUCGAGGCGAGGAGCCUGUUUUUGUGGUGACGGGCAGGAGGGAGGAUGUGGCUAUGGCCAGGAGGGAGAUAAUUUCUGCUGCUGAGCACUUCUCCAUGAUCCGAGCCUCCAGGAACAAAAACACCAGCCCAAAUGGGAGCGGCACCCCAGUCCCUGGACCACCUAACCUGCCUGGACAGACCACCAUCCAGGUGCGGGUGCCUUAUCGUGUGGUGGGGCUAGUUGUAGGCCCCAAGGGUGCCACCAUCAAGCGCAUCCAGCAGCAGACCCACACCUACAUUGUGACACCCAGUCGAGACAAAGAGCCGGUGUUCGAGGUGACUGGCAUGCCAGAGAAUGUGGAUCGAGCCCGUGAAGAGAUCGAAGCCCACAUCGCCAUGAGGACAGGAGGCCUUAUUGAGCUUCAGGAUGAAAAUGACUUCCACGCCAACGGGACUGAUGUGGGUUUUGAUCUGCACGGGCAUGCCACCCUCUGGUCCAAGCCCAGCACCGGGGUGACCUCCACUUCAGUGCAUAAACCCUUCUCCAACUACCGCAACGAUUCGUCCUCCUCCCUGGGAAGUGCGUCCACAGAUUCCUACUUUGGUAACAACAGCUCACGUAUGGCUGACUACAGCCCUCCAAGCCCCGCACUCAGCUACACCACCACCAACAACAACAAUGGCAACAACAAUAACAACAACAUCAAUGUCAACACCAACGGCAAUGGGUUUGUUUACGGAAGUGAAGUGAUCUCGCCUGACUGCACUGAUCUGACUUUUGACUCCUCAUCAGGGUUUGACUCCGCGCCAACCCCGCCGGGCCUCCUGUGGUCCCAGUACGAUAGUCAUAGGACCCCCUCGUCCACUGGAGGCAGCUCCCCCACCUCCACCUCAGCCAUAUUCUCCACCAACACCUCUAAUGCCAAUGGGAUAGUGAUGAGUCAGAGAAGGGUUAAUGGUUGUACCCCACAGCCCAGACUUUCACCUCCCCCCUACAGCCACACCAGGGGCCCCAUUGAGCACCCGUUAGCUCGGAGGGUGCGCAGUGAUCCAGGCGGAGGCCCACUCAGUUUCCCUGGUUAUUCCAGUACUAUCGCCUCCAUGCCGGGCCAUCACCUCCCUGGGGUUCCAUGCGACUCCUCUGCCUCAUCAACGUCGUCGUCGUCCUCCACCUCCUCCGGCACCAGCCGAAAAGGCAGCCGUGACUGUUCGGUGUGCUUCGAGAGUGAGGUCAUCGCGGCCCUGGUCCCCUGUGGGCACAACCUCUUCUGUAUGGAAUGUGCCAAUCGUAUCUGUGAGAGGAAUGAUCCCAAAUGCCCCGUCUGCCACACCGGCGUCACUCAGGCUAUACGUAUAUUUUCAUAAGAAGGGUAACUCUUUGACUGUCUCUUUUUGUCCACAAUAGACACAAAUAUACUCCUCAUACUGCUUUAAUGGGAUUUUCCAAUCAUCUGUUUGGAAAGUGUACAUAAAUAUCCAUAUGUAUGUAAGAGGCUGCAGUAUCCAGACGAAGUAAACAUCCUUUUGGGCUCCGUCGUAGUUGUUUAUAAUGUACUGUAGCUUGGGGAAAUAUUUUCAACAUCUAAGUGCAUGUUUUAAAUAUUACAGCAUAGUAAUCAAUAGUUCUAGUAAAUUGUACCCUAUAUUUAUGAAGUGAAGAGACACAGUGGGGUCAGGACGGAGGUAUGUGGGUCAGACUGUAGACUGUUAGCUGGUUGAGCUCUCCAGUUUUGCCGAUUCGAAUGUAGUAAGAGGGGAGACCAUGGCUGGGAAACAUGGAGGGCUUCCAGCCAAACAGGACUAUUGACUUACAAAGAUACUGCAGCUCGAGGUCUGAAACCAUGUGAGAGAGAGCAACAACAUAUCCUACAUAUGUAUAGAAUCAAUUUCACAAGUUGAAAGUUUUAAAUGACAUUAUUACAGAUUGAAGUAUUUUAUUAUUUUUUGACUUGAAAGAUUAUAUUUCUUAUUGCAAAGAUGUUUACAGAUAUUUUGAUUUAAGUUCAGUGAACUUUUUGUAGCUGGGUUGAAAUUAUGUUUAUUUUUUAGUAUGGCCUUAUGGCAUUGAUCACUGUAUUAUUUUAAUAUCACAUGACAAAAUGUGUAUUGCAUUUGACAGUAUUCUGUUGGGAUGGAGUUUUUAUAGGUUCAGCAAAAAAUGUCUUUUAUUCAGUAAUAUAAAGCAUAUUUUAUUCUAUAUUAUUAUGAAACAUUGAAAUGUACAAAACUUAGUAAGUUGAACACAAAGAAACCAUUUAUGCUUUCUAAAAUUUUUAUGAAUUAGAUUCCAGUGGGAAUUACAGGCUUCUGUUGCACCACUAUAGUUUUAGUAUUUCUAUUUUAAUACAUUUGUUUACCACUUGUUUAUGUAUAUGUAGGUGAAGUUACUUGAGCGUAAAUGUACUUUAUUGAGCAAAGUUUAAGAACAAAGUAUAUUUUAUUUUAUGAUAAAGGGCCUUUAACCUCAUGGUCAAAUACUAAUAUUAUAUUUGCUGAGACAAGAUUUGAAAAUGUAUCAAGAGUUUUAUUUUUCUGACAUUUAAAGUUAUACAUGAUAAAAAGUAAAACUUUUAAGUAAUGGUGCUACUUCAUGUUUUUUUUAAGUAUUUCUAUAUAAGUCCAAUAAAAUGGUACAUUCAU